AUGCAACAACUGGACGAAGAUGUAGAGAAAUAUCGGAACAAUGAAUCACUUCUCCAUAUGAUCUGCGCAUUUGGAGCAAAGUUCCUUGCUCUUAACUAUACCUCUCAGUUAUCUUCUGAGGCGAUUUUGACGGCUGGAAACCAGUGGGCCAAAAUUGCGAAGGCGCGGAUAUUUGUGGACUUGGAUGAUCUGUCCAUGGAAAAGUUGAUGGCCGCAAUCCUUCUCUACGAUCAUGAUCUUCGAAUCGGAAGCUAUGCAAGUGCUUUCAUGUUAAGCGGGAUUACGGCGAGAAUGUCACAGGCACUGCAGUUGAACUUGGAAAACUCUGCCGAUGUGCUUUGUGCCAAAUCAGAGUCAUCCCCAGUUGAUAAUGAAGCUAGACGAAGGUCAAUGUGGAGCUGCUAUGUCAUGGACAGCUGGGUUGGCAGUGGCGUCAAUCAGCUUACAUUACUGGAAGAUCGGGAUCUUAAGAUCCAGCUUCCCUGCCACAGUCAUAACUUUUCGUUGGGUGUUCCUUGCAUUACGGAGACUCUCGAAGAAGAGAAGGUCCUCGGCUUCAUAUCCAGAGACGAUGUUCCUUCAUUUCCUGCUCAAAACAUGGGCAUAGAAGCCUACUUUAUCCGCCUUGUGAGUAGCAGAAAGAAAGUACUACGUUACGUCAAGCAGCUAGACACUUCAAAACCGCCUUGGCAAUCGGAUUCGGAGUUCAUUCAGCUGACCAUGGAAUUCGAUCACUGGAGACACAAUCUCCCUCAGAGCCUAAUGUGGAGCCCCGGUGCCAUCUAUGCUCGUAAAGAAUCAUCACAGCUUGGUGCCUUGACGCUGCUCUGGUGCACCUAUCACCAGACACUGGUCGAUCUUUACCGCAUUGGAAUGCCGAUACUGUUUCGUAUCCAGAAAGAUAUCACCUUCCCACCAGAUCAACAAGAGUUCCUUGAAAAUUGUCGAAGGGCUUGCUUUGAAAAUGCUCGCGAAGUCUCGAGUAUUAUUUGCGAGGCCUUGAGGCAUGGAAUCAAAAAUUUGGCAGACACAUGGCUAUGCAUCAUUGCUCACGACAGCACUAAGGUCAUGCUGCACUUUCUGAAGUUGAAUCGGCAAUCAUCGCACAGAAUGAGUCAGAAUGAAGUUGACGCGACAGUUACUUUGGUGCAAAAAAAUCUGGAAGCACUCCUACAGAUGAGAGCAAUUGUUGCUACGGCCGAGCAUUGUUAUCUCUCUGUCAUAAAGAUGAUGGCAGCCGCAGGUAUCCAACCCCAGAUGCCCUAUGGAACAGCAAUGAACGCAAGGCCUUCUCAUGAAAGUGAAGAAUCACCCUCUGCUCCAGAAUCCCCAGUUCAAGAAUCCCCAGAAAACGUGCUCAACCCACUUGCGAUUUACCGCAUGGCUCGAACAGCACUUCACGAAAAGGAUCAAUCAUCUACGUCUACUUCUCCCUCGACUAAUACCUCAAUUUCCGCUGCCGCAGCACGUGCUCGCGCUCGCGCAGUUGAGAGACCCCCACGAAGAGUUCAGCAACAUCAGCAACAUCCUAACACUUCCUUCCAGGGGUUAAAUGGGCUCCCUGGAAUGGAUCAAAUUUAUUUUGCCCCAAAUAGUGCUACUGAAAGUACACCCAUGUCAAUGAACGACAUGGUGCCGCUCGCCGCUUCGGGCCUUGGUGGCCCGUGGGACCCGGCAAAUCUGGCGGUCAUGGAUAUACUGGACGGUGGAAUUGCCCCGUGGACCGAGGAAUAUCUCACUGAUGGCCAAUCCGGAGUGGAUCCAUUCCUCUUCCCUUUCUAA